CACUCCUUAAGUCACGUAGAGCUUCAUUGGGAAUUUGCACUAAGGAAAUUUGCAAACGGGUUGGUGUCCACUGAGCGAAGUGUAUUCGUCCUGAAAAGGCAGAGCGGGAAAGCGCGCCGUUUCACAAGGGAGCACGAUUAAUCUAGAGAAUUCACAGAUGGCCAGCUACGGGCGUCUCCUGGUGAUCGUAGGCCUGCUCACAUUGGUUGUGAGCAAUGGAAUUGCUGUUGAGGGAGUGUCCAUGGCGCAAACACGAAAGCUGCAGCAGCUGCUGGCUCCGGUUACAAACGCAGUUGUAGGUGGGAGCUUGGCAAACACCCAAAACAACAACAAUAACAAUAACAACAACAACAAUGGUGGCAACGGAUAUGGCUCAAACAACAACAAUAACAACAACAAUGGCGGUGGCUGCGGCGGUUUGCUGUCUCCUGUCACCGGCUGCGGCCUGUUGGUGAACAGUCAGAACACCAACAACAAUAACAACAACAACGGCCGCAAGCUACUUGCCUAGAGUGGCGCCUUUAUGAACUCAGUCUGACUAACAGAGUUAUUUUGCCCCGCUGCACUGAUGAUGUCUGGUGUGGCGGCUUGUCCCAAUGUGGCUCACGCAUCCCUAAGCACUGCAGGCGUGGUGCAUAAUGAGCACCCAUGCAGUCGCAAGGAUGCUGCGAGCAUUUGGAGAUCUUGCUGCUGUGCUCAGUUCUGUCUUAAUUUGCAGCAGGUGUUCAUGGGCGAAACAAGUCAUUUUCUUCUUGGUUGCUGCACUUCCUUAUAAGAUCAGAAAUAUGAUCGUUCCAAAUUCUGAGUCAGUCAAGACGUUCAACAGUAACCUACUGAUCAGGUUGCGCAAGGAAACACAUUUCAUUGAUGUGUUAAAAUUUAUUCAGAGGCGGAUUACCUCAGGCAGUGCAUUAGUGGCCCAUUUUGGGGGGCAUAUGCAUGGACGGCGUCUGACUUGCACUCAUGAGAUCUAGAGAUCGUCACCAACAUGCAAGCUUUUCAAUGUUAUUGCAAUUGAAGGUUGUUAAUCAUGGGAUGAAUGGUGGCGCCACCGAUUGACAUUCCUGACUACUGAUGUGGGGGAUUUCAAGUUCCAGGACUAGAUAGCAAAUAUGAUUCUGGGCGCUGGUAAAUUGUUUGCUUGUAAACAGCGUGUCACAACCCAGUCAGUCCUGAACAAUGUACAUGUAAAGAGUCACAUUCUGUUC